ACCUCCGGUGGUGGGGUCAUUGAUCGGAACGCAUGCGUUCAAAUCCCGCUGUGUUAUCGUCUUACUCUCUCCACCGUAUCCUCCUCCGAUUCCGCCACACGCUUUCUUCUCAACGACCGGCCGGCUUCAUCAUACCGAUGGCCACCACUGAGGAUUCACUCCGACAAGCUCUUGCCGACAAACAAUCCACCAUCGACGCUAGCGGCAACGCCAUACGUCAAUUGAAGACUUCGGGCGCAUCGAAGUCGGAGAUAGAUGAUGCCGUUAGAGCACUCAAUGCUUUGAAACUUGAGAAGACAUCGAUCGAGAAUCAACUCAGAGCUUCCAUUUCUGGUGAUGCUAAUGGCUCUGUUGUUAGCAGGGAUGCGUUUCGGCAGGCCGUUGUUAAUACUCUUGAACGCCGGUUGUUUUUCAUUCCGUCGUUUAAGAUUUAUAGAGGUGUUGCUGGUUUGUAUGAUUACGGUCCUCCUGGUUGCGCCAUCAAGUCUAACGUCCUCGCUUUCUGGCGUCAGCAUUUUGUUUUGGAGGAGGAUAUGCUAGAAGUUGAUUGUCCUUGUGUCACCCCUGAGGUUGUUCUGAAAGCUUCUGGUCACGUUGAUAAGUUUACUGACCUUAUGGUUAAAGAUGAGAAGACUGGAACUUGCUACCGAGCCGAUCACCUGCUUAAGGAUCAUUGUAAGGAUAAGCUUGAGAAGGACCUGGGUAUAAGCACUGAGAAAGCUGCUGAACUGAAACAUAUUCUUGCGGUCCUGGAUGAUCUUUCAGCUGAAGAACUUGGUGCCAAGAUUAAGGAAUAUGGUAUAACAGCACCAGACACUAAGAAUCCUCUCUCAGAUCCUUACCCGUUCAAUCUUAUGUUUCAGACUUCAAUUGGUCCCUCUGGCUUGAGCGCAGGGUACAUGCGCCCUGAAACAGCACAAGGCAUAUUUGUCAACUUCAAAGACCUAUAUUAUUACAAUGGGAACAAGCUCCCAUUUGCAGCUGCUCAAAUUGGUCAAGCUUUCAGAAAUGAGAUAUCUCCUCGACAAGGUCUUCUAAGAGUCCGUGAAUUCACACUUGCAGAGAUAGAGCACUUCGUGGAUCCUGAUGACAAAUCACAUCCAAAGUAUUCUGAAGUUGCAAACUUAAAGUUUCUCAUGUUUCCAAGGGAUGAACAGAUGUCAGGGCAGUCUGCGAAAAGGCUUUGUCUUGGAGAUGCAGUUUCUAGGGGGAUUGUUAAUAAUCAAACACUUGCAUACUUCAUUGGGAGAGUAUAUCUGUUUUUGACACGGCUGGGAAUAGAUGAAGAACGAUUGCGCUUCAGACAGCAUCUCCCAAAUGAGAUGGCUCACUAUGCCGCAGACUGUUGGGAUGCUGAAAUUGAGUCUUCUUAUGGUUGGAUUGAGUGCGUAGGGAUUGCUGAUAGAUCUGCAUAUGAUCUGCGUGCACACACGGAUAAAAGUGGAGUAGCUCUCGUAGCUCAAGAGAAAUUCGCGGAACCCAAGGAAGUGGAGAAACUGGUUAUAACACCCGUUAAGAAGGAGCUUGGCCUUGCAUUCAAGGGUAACCAAAAGAUGGUGGUUGAAGCGCUGGAGGCAAUGAAUGAAAAAGAGGCGAUGGACAUGAAGGCCACUCUAGAGUCGAAAGGGGAGGUAGAGUUUGAAGUUUGCACUCUUCAGAAGACGGUUACUAUAAAGAAAAACAUGGUUUCAAUAUCAAAGGAAAAGAAGAAAGAACACCAGAGAGUUUUUACGCCCUCUGUGAUCGAACCUUCAUUUGGUAUUGGACGGAUCAUCUAUUGUCUCUAUGAGCAUUCUUUCUACAUGAGGCCAAGCAAAGCUGGGGAUGAACAGCUGAACGUUUUCCGUUUUCCCCCUCUUGUGGCCCCCAUCAAAUGCACCGUUUUCCCGUUGGUUCAGAAUCAGCAAUACGAGGAAGUUGCUAAACAUAUCUCCAGAUCUCUGACUGCAGCCGGAAUUUCAAAUAAGAAAGAUAUUACAGGUACAUCAAUAGGGAAACGAUAUGCAAGAACAGAUGAACUAGGCGUACCAUUUGCUGUCACCGUGGAUUCAACAUCAUCAGUGACAAUUCGUGAAAGGGAUAGCAAGGAUCAAAUCCGUGUGAGUGUAGAGGAGGUAGCCGCCGUGGUGAAGGAUGUCUCCGAGGGGCGGAGCACAUGGACCGAUAUCUUGAAAAAAUACCCAGCUCACACUUCCGCCUCUGCAGACGAGUGAAAACUCUGAUAUUAAAUGUAAGACCCUUUUUCCCUUUUGCCAUUUGGAACAGUAUCUGUCCUUUUUUCAACAUUUUUUGUCUUCCUUUUCCUUUUUAACACAAAAAACACGCGGUCUCUAGGUCGAUACAGGGUUAUUUAUUUAUGUAUGUCUUUUAAAAAAGGUGUCGAAAGAAUGUAGUUUUUCUUAUGUUUGUUAUGUUGGUGUUGUGAUG